CUUCGGACCGCCUGUCCCAAAAAUUCCCCAGCAACUUGUCUUGCCGGUCGAUGCUGGAAACACCAGGGCCGUGACGCUCCGGCUGACUCUGCUACUAAACGAGUAGCGGGCGGUACAGGUUUCUUCCUUCCAGCCUCGGAUGAGCCGCCAAUUCCGCGCUCUCUCUCCCAUAUGAGGCUUCCCAAGCUUGCCAAGAUGGCUGCCGACAAGGUUCUCGACGGCGUCUUCGCCAUCAACAAACCCUUCGGCAUGAGUUCCGCCCAGGUCAUCCGCGACUGCCAGGUCUACUUCAACCCGUCCAAUUUGUUCGCGCCGCUCAUUAGACAAGAGACGGCGUUGCGCGAGAAGGAGUCCCGGUAUCAGAAACGGCGGCGCAGCAAGGCGAAGCAGGAAAUCAGAGUCAAGAUGGGCCACGGCGGCACCCUCGACCCCUUGGCCACCGGCGUACUCAUCCUCGGCAUCGGCAAGGGCACCAAGGCGCUCCAGAACUUCCUCCACUGUACCAAGACCUACGAGACGGUCGUCCUCUUCGGCGCGAGCACCGACACGUACGACCGCACCGGCCGGAUCAUCAAGAAGGGGCCGUACGGCCAGAUCACCCGAGAGGCCGCCGAGAAGGCGCUUCAGGGCUUCCGAGGCAAGUUCAGGCAGAUGCCGCCGCUCUACUCGGCCCUGAAGAUGGAAGGGAAGCCGCUGUACGAGUACGCGCGCGAGGGCAAGCCGAUCCCCCGCGAGAUCGAGACGCGAGAGGUCGAGGUGACGGAGCUCGAACUGGUCGAGUGGUACGAGCCCGGCACGCACUUCCACCGCUGGCCGACCGAGGAGGCCGAGCAGGCCGAGAAGAACCUCGUCGACUCGGUCUGGCGCGUCGCGAAACGGCAGGCCGCCUCGGAAGCGGAGCCCAGCAAGCUCACCCCGGAGCAGCAAGAGGCGGAAAGCCGGGCGCUGGCCGAGUACGACUCCCAGAAGCGCGAGGCCGAGGAGCGCGUCGACAGCCUCGUCAGCGAGGAGCAGCCGCCGGCGAAGCGGAAAAAGACCAACGAGGGCCGCGCGGAACCCAUGAUGUCCGGCGCGCUCGGCAAGCUGCCGCCGGCGGGCAAGGGCUCGAAUCUGAUACCGCCGCCGCCAGCGCCGAACACGCCUCCGCCGUGGGAGGGCAAGGGCCCGCCGGCGGCCAAGAUCCGCAUGACCGUGACGUCGGGCUUCUACGUCCGGAGUCUGUGCCACGACCUGGGCGAGAAGCUGGGCUGCGGCGCCAUGAUGGCCGAGCUGAGCCGCACGCGCCAGGGGCAGUUUGUUCUCGGGGGGGCGAACUGCAUAGAUUACUACGAGCUGCUCGAGGGAGAGGAGGUCUGGGGACCCAAGGUCCGGCGCAUGCUGGAGCUAUGGAACAACCCGAACGCCAGGGAGGCCGAGCCUCAGAACAGCGGCGAAACCAGCGCGCCGGCCGAGGCGCGGGAAGCUAAGCCCGCCGAAGAUAAUAAGCCAGCAGAGGAGACGAAGGCUUCUGAAGAUGCCAAAGCCGCCGAGUCGGCACCUCAGGCGGAGUCGGCCGACUCGGCUGCUCCAGCGGGCGCGCAAGAAGGGCAAGUUGUGGCGACCGCGAACACGUAGGAGUGUACGAUGCGGCCUAGCUGAGCCUCAAGAAAUGAACGAGGGCUCCUCCACGAGUCAGGUCGUUGGCGACACCCGGACGAGCGGCAGA